AUGGUGACGAUGUUUGCCACUCUGAUCAUUACCAUGACUGUUAAUCUUUCCACCCAACACCACGCAGUGCACAAUAUACACCGAAAAAUUCGGACUAGAUGGGAAAUACAGUCCUACACUUUGUUUCUCUGCGUUGGCUCUUUCACUCCCUGGCGUGGUGGGAUCUAA